CCGUUAUUGUUCUAACCCAUGCAAGACCACCGGCCCAGAUUAUAAAACCUGCCUGAUCCCUUCGUAUAACCGAACUCUGGGGAAUUUCUUAAGUGUACCGGCUGAACCAUAUCUCAACCAGACUGCUCUCGGCCAAAGCACAAAUGGCUUUACCACACGGGCUGGGCAGCCAUCCAUACCUCCCCACAGAGGCCGUCAUUGCCGGCUAUGCCGCAAACGAGACGCCCCUUCCGAAGAUCUUGAUCAAGUUCUCGCUCAGGAUAGUCGCCGUAUUGCUGUCCUCCAUCGCGCUCUCCAGGCAAUUCAACCCGAGACUCCGGCUUGCGGAUCUGCUGGCGGUGUCCUGGUUCUCUCUGAACGGAUAUCUGCAUCUCUUUUUCGAAUCAUACUUUGUUCUCAACGCCGCAACCCUCGCCGGCUCCCAAAGCCUGCUCGCGCAGCUGUGGAAGGAGUAUGCCCUUAGCGAUUCUCGCUACCUGACGUCCGACACCUUCGUAUGGACUAUCGAGGCCAUUUCUGUGGUGUGCUGGGGUCCGCUGUCUGUCGCGACCGCUUUCUGCAUCGUCAGGGGAAGUAACAUGCGCUACCCGUUGCAGCUGCUUCUUUCGAUGGCGCAUAUCUAUGGAGUCGCGUUGUACUAUGGCACCAGUACUGUCGACCUUGCGUCCAAGGGUAUCGCGCAUAGCAGGCCCGAGUUCCUCUAUUUCUGGGUUUACUAUGUAGGCAUGAAUCUGCCCUGGGCCGUGGUUCCAGCCGGCUUCAUCUUCAGCUCCGUCCGUAAAAUAUGCAGAGCUUUGGACAUGGCCGAGAGGGCAGAGUUGGCUGCUAUUCCCAACAACAGCAAUGGAUCAAAGAAGAGCCAAUAAGCGAAUUGUACGUGUACAGCUGUUGCCAUAGAUUAAGGCAGCCUUGAGGCCUGAAUACUAUUGCGAGAAGGGGGGGGGAGGAGGAGGUACGAAUGAGUGUCGCAAUCUAGUCACUCAAGACUAGAGAGAAAUCGAACGACCCUAUCAGUCAUCCAUUCUCGUGACUCUGGGUUCCUGACGGUGUGGCUAGC